GUGAGGACAUUCCAUUCUGAAUUUUUGAGUUCAAUAAUAAUUUUAUUCAAUUUCAUACAGAAGUGUCAAACAUUCAUUUGAUAACAUGAAAUUAAUAUAUGAAUGAAAUAAAACUUUUUUAUCACUUCCGAGAGAAAAAAGUUUGUCUUUUGUGUUUCAAUGACGAUCACGUAAUCUGCAACAGGAAGAUUAAUCUUCCUACACCACAGUCAUUUUUUUCAUUGAAGUAUUUAGUUAGUUUUUAAACUUUCGAGAGUUCGGGACUAUGAAGUGUUAAAAAUCUAUUUGAAUUUAUUAAGAUGGAUUCUAAUUUUUUUCUUAUUAUAAAUCUAUUUAUUCAAUUGGUAUGGACUAGUCCAUUGUUGGUUUUUGAAAGUGAAUCGGAGUUUUUGAUGGCGGACAAGUAUGAUGAAUAUUCUACAUACCAAUUAUCCAGAAUAUCACGAAAAUUGAUAUGUAUUAAUAGCGAAUCGAGAGACGCAUUUAUAUGGAAUAUAAUUGAUAAUGGUGGGAUCACUUUUGAAAUCAAAGAAAAAAAAACAGAAUUUAGAGAUUCAAAAUUUCCAAUUAAUUACAAACAGCAAUGCAGAGUUAAUGUAGAUAAGGAAUGUCUUUCAUUAUGGAGUCAACAAGGUAGUAAUUGGAGUAUUGUAAAUUCUUUUGAUGUCCCCAUGGGCCCAGUUUACGACAGUCGUUGGGAAGAUUUUACAGAAUUGAGUGGAACAGGAAAUUUUGAACCUAUAAGCUUAAUAAAAGAUAUAGCUAAUACUGUUCUCACGUUUGGAGCAAGUGGUAGUUUCGCAUUUUCCAUCAGAGGAUUAUCCAAUGCUCAAAUAAUAAUAUGUGAAUCAGAAGACUUUAACAAUGAUUUUUGUUACGAUAUUACGGUUAAACAUAGUUCAAUGACUGCUGAGAUAAAAAAAUGUAAUAAUGGCAUGUCAGAUGCUUCUACUUGUGUUCCUGUACAGAGUCAAAAUGGAAAUGAAGUAAAGACAUUUCAAUAUGAUGGAUGGAACACAUUUUUACUAAAAUGGGAGGAAAGAACUCGCACAAUCGAAUUAUUUGAUCCUGAUGAAAAGAUUUUGUCUUACAGUGAUCAUGAUUCUGUAUACAGAAAUGCCAAUAAGAUUUACCACAUAUUUUACAGAAAUUCAACACGUAAAAUGUUAUUUCGUUAUCACGACUAUUCCUACACUCUAACAAAAGACCCAGGUGCUAUUCUCAAAAGCUCUCCAUUGAUAUUAGGAAAUUUUCAAAAACUAUGUAUCGACAUGCUAGUGGGUUUAUGUAAACAUUGUGAACUGAUUGUAAAUAUCGUGGACGGAUCAGGAAACAGACGAAUGACAAAAAAAAUCAGAAGAUCAUCAAAAUAUGAUAACAUUGAACAUGAUCUACCCAUGUGGCAAAAUGAAAGAAUUGAAGAAACGGACAUUUCUGAUUAUCUUACUCCCAUCACACUUGAAUUGAUGACAUUUGUCAUUCCAGAAUUCAUCGAUGGAAGUAAAAAUCACUGGGCAAUUACCAAGUUCGAGCAUUGUUUUCCAGAAGGAACCAUUAAGAUAAUUGAAUUAGAAGGAGAAGUAUAUUGUAGUAGAGAUUGUAUCUGGAACUCUGUUUUUUGUCAAAAACUAUCUUAUGAUGAACCAAAAUCAGAAAUUGUAGCAGCUUUUAGCAAUUCUUUAACGAAUUUAAACGAUUUGGAAAAUUGUCAAAAUUACAAUAUUGGACCAAACUGUACAGUCAAGUGCAAUUCGUUUUUCCAAAAUGAUUGUGCUGGUGUAAAAGCAUGUACGGAGAAUGGUUGUUCAUGUGUUCAAGGAUGGCAAGGCUCUAAGUGUGAAGAUAAAUGUAACUCUGGAUCAUAUGGUUUUGGAUGUUCAAAAAAAUGUACCAAUUGUACUGAUGACAAAUGUGACCAUUAUACUGGUAAAUGUGAUCUAGGAUGUAAAUCAACUCUUUCGGGAUUUCAUGUACUGCCCCUCUGUAAUAUUGCGAUUGAAGAUCUAUUAAUACCAUUUGUUGAUGAAUUAAAAAUUACAAGUGCUCGAGUUUAUCUACAUGAAGAAGAAAUUUAUAAAACCAUCAAUGCAACAUUUGAAUUUGAAGUUGAGACCGAGUCGGGUGAUAUUUUUAAAAAAGUUGCUAAAAAUGGUGUAAUAACUAAUAAUGGUACUGAAAAAAAUAUUUAUUACACUAUUUUCAGUGAAUUGUUACCUGGAGAAAAAUAUUCAGUAAAAGCAAUAACAUACGUACAGCUUGAGAUGAAAUCAAUUAAAAGAAUUGUAGGAAAUUCUUUUACAUUUGUAACACUAUGCAAUUGGAGUGAGAAAUUCAAAAUAACACCAGAUGAAACGAGUUUAUUGAUAGAAAAAAUAUCUGGAGAAGAAACUUAUUCUUGCCCAGAUUCGUGGUAUUUAUUUAAUUUAUCAACGAUAUCAUCAGCAACAAAUGAAUCACGUCUAGUAAAUAAAAAUAAUGCCAAAACUGAAUUUCCAAUCACUUUAUCAAAACUACACCCGUUUACAAAAUAUCAAGUAUGCGUAAACGGUAGAGAUAAUAAAUUCCAAAUAUGCCAAAUAUCAUCAACUCUCGAAGCAGCCCCAUCACCAGUAGCAAACUUACAGGUAAAAUCCAUCACAGAAACCAAAGCCGAAAUCACUUGGAGUUCUCCAAAAUCACUGAAUGGUAUUCUAAAAGCUCCACCCAAAGUUCGAAAUCUCCAAAUUGUAGAAGUAGAUGAAUCAACCACUACCUUAAGAUGGCAACCACCUUUACUUCCAAUGAAUGGUGAACUUGAUUAUUAUAGCAUCAGAUUCUUGUUGAACAAUGCAACAUUUCUAGAUGAAGUUAAAGUAUAUCUUAAUGAAACUUGCUAUCUUUGGAAAAAUUCAUUUUGUAAAACUGUCCCUCAUCCAGAUCUCUCAAUUAAGCAAUCUAUAGAGGUAAAAGCUUACAAUAAAAAAGUCAAUGAUCCAGGUGAAUCAGUUAUAAUCGAUGAUAAUCGUGAAGAACAAGUUCCAGAACAACCUGAAAUUAUUUCAAUAACGGAAGUCGGUCGAGGAGCAAUAGAUCUAAAAUGGCAGCAUCCAUCUGUCACUGGAGGACCAUUAAAAAAAUUUUCAAUUCAUUUUCAGAUACUCCACUGCGAAUUAGAAGAAAAUCGAAAUUUAAAAUACCGCCAAAUUAAAACAAUUCUAAUUAAUAAAUAUGAAUCUGAGUAUUCUACUCACUUGUACCUGUUACCAUCAACACGUUAUAAAAUAUUUCUUCAAGGAGAAACAUUAAUGCAGAAGGGAAUAUUAUCAACUAAAAUUUUAAAAACAAAUAAUGCUUUAGACUUUCAGUAUGAACCACAUCCUGUUAUGGAUUUUAACCAUCCUUCAAUUAAUAUUGUUAUUCCACCAGUGAUAAAUAAUACAAAGGAUAGUCAACUUCAUAUUAUUAUCAAAGGACGUUCUUUUUGUGACCAUGGAGAAAUAUUGAGUGAACAGAUGAUGAAAGAUAUUCAAAUUGAUUAUCAUCAAGAAGCUUGGAAUUUGGCUACCUUUCCGACACCUAAAACAGCCAAUCUGUCAUUCACUACUGGAAAUGAUCAGGCUUAUGACUCUGUGUCAAAUUGUUUUUUGGACAUAGAUAGAACCUACGUCAUUUUUUUAUUGGUAUAUGGAAAAAUGCAUCUGAAUACGAACGCAACAGCUCCACUGCUUUUCUGGCAAUCUGAACCCAUCUUUAUGAGGGAAGACCCACUAGAAAAUGGUCACGAAAGAUCAAAAAUACAUUAUCAUGAAUCAUGGGCAAUACCACUUGUUCUAGCACUUUUCAUCACUUGUGGAACUACGUACUAUUGUUUACGCAAAAGAAGACGUCAAGAGUAUCUGAAUGAAGAAAAAAACGAUGAAAUAACAGAAUCAAUUCAAGUUCAUUCUAUUCCCAUUAAAAACUAAGAACAAUAAGUCUAAUCAUCCCAAUUUAGAAGAUGAUACUUCUCAUAUGUUAGUUGAUGUUCGAGAAUCAAUUCUAAAAUCUCUAUCGAAUUCUCGAAAAUGCGUGACUGAAAUGAUUGCUACUGAACCAAUGUACGAAGAUAUCUCUGAUAUAGUUUAUGCUCAAGAAUCAAUUCCAAAAAUUUCAUCAAAUUUUACAGAGCAUGCAAAUCAAACUGUUUCAACUGAAUUAAGAUACGAAAAUUUGAAAGGGAAUACCAUGUUAGACAGUCAAUCGCAACAAAAACAGUUAAUCAAAAAUAAGGAAUAUACUCGUCAAGAAUCUCAUAAUUUUUAUUCUUAAAUUUAUCUUUAUCUUAAAAAAUGAAAACAUUGAAAUGGUAAAAUUACCCCUUUUGAUACAAAAUUUAACAUUAAUGAUUUACUAUUUUCUAUUCUUUUUUAACACCACUUGUGGGAAAGGAACACGAAAGAUUUAAAGAGUUAAAGUAUAAUAGCAAAAUUAAGUAAAUAAUAAAUAAUUAAAUUAAAUAAUUCUGGAUUCUAAAAAAAAUACUAUAUCAAUUGCAUUUUUCAUUUAUUCAAAAUUAAA